AUGUCGGUUCAAUUUCAUGAGCAGUUCAUCCGCUUCACCACCGAUUCAGUCGGACUCGAGCGGACUUUCAGACUGCUGCAGGCCACCGUACAGAUUAUAGCCUCAUACCCGGCCGUCCUAGGUCUUCUGCUCUCCCUGCUGGGCUUUAUCACCGGAUCCUCAUCAGCCGCCGUCUCGCACGCGCAGACAAACGUGAUUCUGCUCGCCCUGCGCCAGCGGCUAGGCCUGGCACGGCGCUUCUUCCGGCUGUUCCGCUUCCUGGACGCCUUCCACGCGGCGCACAAGCUGUACGCGGGCCUGUCGGCGACGGGCGCGGCCCCGGCCCCGGCCGAGGCGUGGCUCGACGUGCUGGGCCGCACCUUCAACGGCAUGUACCUGCUGCUGGAGGCGUCGACCAUCGUGGACGCGCUGCAGAUCGAGGGCCUGCGGGUCUGGGCGCCCGACUGGGAGCGCGCCAUCACCGUCGAGGCCCAGCGCUUCUGGCUGCUCGCCCUCGUCUGCGGCGUCCUGGCCGGCCUGCUGCGCAUGGUCAAGGUCCUGGCCUACACGCCGGUGCCGGCGACGGGCGACGGGUUUGCGCACGGGGCCAAGGAGGGCAAGGACGAUGCCGGGGAGAAGGACAAGGUGGGGCCAGGCGACGGCGACGAGGGCGAGUUUGACAUGCAGAAGGAGCAGCAGAGGCUGCGCGCCAUCGUCAAGGAGAGGCGCAAGGGGCGUGUGCUCUGGAGACGGGAGGUCCGGGCUAAGCUCCGCGGUCUGGGCCGUGCCGUCACGGCCAACGCACUGGACAUUGUUCUCCCUGGCUCCGUGGUCGGUUGGGUUCAGGCGGAUCCGGGUACAGUGGGACUGGCCAUGUUCGUCACUAGCAUUCUGACCGGCAUGGAUGCCUGGGAGCGGUGUGGGAGAGAAGUUGCUGCGAGCAAGUAG